AUGUUAGCGGUGGAGAGGAUGUUACCAGUGGAGCAAGAAAACCCGCGGAGAGAGAUGUUAGCAGUCGAGAGAGAUGUUAGCGGUGGAGAGGAUGUUAGCUGUGGAGGAAGAAACCUGUUGAGAGAGAUGUUAGCGGAGGAGAGGAUGUUAGGGGUGGAGAGGAUGUUAGCAGUGGAGCAAGAAAACUGGUGGAGAGAGAUGUUAGCAGUGGAGAGAGAUGUGAGCAGUGGAGCAAGAAAACCAGUGGGGAGAGAUGUUAGCGGUGGAGAGAGAUGUUAUCAGUGGACGCAGAUGUUAGUGGUGGAGCAAGAAAACCAGAGGAGAGAGAUGUUAGCAGUGGAGCAAGAACACCUGUGGACAGGGAUGUUAGCUCUGGAGCAAGAACACCUGUUGAGAGAGAUGUUAGCGGUGGAGCAAGAACACCAGCGGCGAGAGAUGUCAGCAGUGGAACAAGAACACCAGUGGAGAGAGAUGUUAGCGGUGGAGCAAGAACACCAGUGGAGAGAGAUGUUAGCGGUGGAGCAAGAACACCUGUGGAGAGAGUUGUUAUCAGUGGAGCAAGAAUAUCAGUGGCGAGAGAUAUUAGCGGUGGAACAAGAACACCUGUUGAGAGAUAUGUUAGCGGUGGAGCAAGAACUUCUGUGGACAGGGAUGUUAACGAUGGAGGAAGAAUACCAGUGGAGAGAGAUGUUAGCGGUGGAGCAAGAACACCUGUGGAGAGAGAUUGGAGAGGAUGUUAGCAGUGGAGAGGAUGUUAGCAGUGGAGCAAGAAUACCAGAGGAGAGAGAGAUGUUAGCGGUGGAGCAAGAACACCUGUGGAAAGUGAUGUUAGCGAUGGAGCAAGAACACCUGAGGAGAGAGAUGUUAGCAGUGGAGCAAGAACACCAGUGGAGAGAGAUGCUAGCGUUGGAGCAAGAACACCAGUGGAGCGAGAUGUUAGCGGUGGAGCAAGAACACCAGUGUAGAGAGAUGUUAGCGAGAGAUGUUAGCGGUGGAACAAGAACACCAGUGGAGAGAGAUGUUAGCGUUGGAGCAAUAACACCUGUGGAGAGAGAUGUUUGCGGUGGAGGAAGAACACCUGUGGAGAGAGAUGUUAGCGGUGGAUCAAGAACACCAGUGGCAAGAGAUGUUAGCGGUGGAGCAAAAACACCAGUGGAGAGAGAUGUUAGCGGUGGAGCAAGAACACCUGUGGAGAGAGAUGUUAGCGGUGGAGCAAGAACACCAGUGGAGAGAGAUGUUAGCGGUGGAGCAAGAACACCAAUGGAGAGAGUUGUUAGCGGUGGAGCAAGAACACCAAUGGAGAGAGUUGUUAGCGGUGGAGCAAGAACACCUGUGGAGAGAGAUGUUGGCGGUGGAGCAAGAACACCAGUGGAGAGAGAUGUUGGCGGUGGAGCAAGAACACCAGUGGAGAGAGAUGUUAGCGGUGGAGCAAGAACACCAAUGGAGAGAGUUGUUAGCGGUGGAGCAAGUACACCAGUGACGAGAGAUGUUAGCGGUGGAGCCGAAUCACCAGUGGCGAGGGAUGUUAGCGAUGUAGCAAGAACACCAAUGGAGAGAGAUGUUGGCGGUGGAGCAAGAACACCAGUGGAGAGAGAUGUUAGCGGUGGAGCAAGAAGACCAGUGGAGAGAGUUGUUAGCGGUGGAGCAGGAACACCAGUGGAGAGAGAUGUUAGCGGUGGAGCCGAAUCACCAGUGGCGAGAGAUGUUAGCGAUGUAGCAAGAACACCAAUGGAGAGAGAUGUUAGCGGUGGAGCAAGAACACCAGUGGAGAGAGAUGUUAGCGGUGGAGCAAGAACACCAGUGGAGAGAGAUGUUAGCGGUGGAGCAAGAACACCAGUGGAGAGAGAUGUUAGCGGUGGAGCAAGAACACCAGUGGAGAGAGAUGUUGGCGGUGGAGCAAGAAGACCAGUGGAGAGAGAUGUUAGCGGUGGAGCAAGAACACCAGUGGAGAGAGAUGUUAGCGGUGGAGCAAGAACACCAGUGGAGAGAGAUGUUAGCGGUGGAGCAAGAACACCAGUGGAGAGAGAUGUUAGCGGUGGAGCAAGAACACCAGUGGAGAGAGAUGUUAGCGGUGGAGCAAGAACACCAGUGGAGAGAGAUGUUAGCGGUGGAGCAAGAACACCUGGUGUUAUCAUUAAUUAA